CUCUCAACUUCUCUCUUUCUCGAAUUCCUCUGUAGGAUCGUAUCGGCUAUUCGGCCAUGGCGGCGGUUCCAACUCUUGAUUUCUGCGGAGUAUUAUUGGAAUCGAAGAAGAUCGUAAACGCCCAUUCACGCCAUUUCUUAGCCCUUUCAGUUCUAUUUCUUCUCCCUCUUACCUUCUCUCUCAUCUUCUUCUCAACCCUCCGACACGCCAUUAUCGAACCCCAUCGAAAUCCCGCUGAAACCCUACUCCGUUACAGUCCUGAACAACAAUUCUUCUUAAAAACGACGGUUUUGUCAAUAAUCUACGGCCUAACGAUCCUCACCUUAUCUAUCUGCGCCUUGGGAACCAUUUCAUACAGCGUAUACCAUGGAUUCUUCGGUCGGCCUGUAAAAUUCGCAUCUGCUAUCAAAUCUCUUUCGAAUUCUUUUGUUCGUCUCUUUGUGACGUUUAUCUUCUCGCAAGUUAUCUUCUUGGCGAUCACUUUUGCCGUUGUUGUUGGCAUGUUGUUGGUGCUUAAAGGGAUUGAAUUUUUAGGGUUUCAUAUCUCGCCAUCUUCGCCUUACUUUGUAGCUGUUUAUACGAUUGGCUUGGUGGUUUUGGGUUUUGGAUUGUUGUAUUUACAGGUGAAUUGGGCUUUGGCUUCUGUGGUGGUGGUGGUGGAAUCGAGUUGGGGACUGGAACCACUGAGGCGAAGUGCGUAUCUGGUGAAGGGCAUGAGAAGGCUUGCAACUUCUCUGUUGUUGUUAUUCGGCUUGGUUUUCGGGAUUACGGUGUGGGCUAACUGGGGAUUCGCGGUGGGUUCGGGCGGUUUGAGGGAUUGGAUAUUUGUCGCAGUGACCGUUGUUGUUUCUGCGUUGAUAAUGCUGUGCGUACUUCAUAGUUUUGCUGCGAAUACGGUGUUAUACAUGUACUGCAAGGCUUUACGCGGGGAACUUGCAGGGGAGAUUGCAGAGGAGUUCGCUCGGGAAUAUGUCAGUUUACCCUUCGAUGCAGAAAAGGUUCCUCAUAUCGUUUAUGUUGCCCAGCCAUGAUGAUUUUGUAAGUUUAGGGGCUUAAACAUUCUCCUUUAUCUCUCUUCUCUGUA